AUGUGGUGGAUAAGUUUCCAAGAAGGCUCGGUGAUCCCGGGUAUCAUCGUAGGAUGUUUCGUGGCAAUCGGUGGUUUAAUAUUUGGAUGGGAUACUGGUAACAUCAAUGGCAUAUUGGCAAUGGACUCGUUCAUUCGAGAUUAUGCCACCAAUGUUGACGCCCACGGAAGACCUUACAUUACUGCCGGCCAAUCGAGCUUAAUCGUUUCGAUUCUUUCUGCUGGGACGGUCAUUGGCUCUUUGACAGCAAACUUCUGGGCGGAUUGGAUCGGGCGAAGAUGGGGCCUGAUAUUAUCGUCCACCCUUUUCACAGUUGGUGUUAUUCUUCAAACACUAUCUACUGCUCUCCCGCUCUUCAUCAUUGGGAGAAUGAUAACUGGUAUCGGUGUUGGUCUUAUAUCCGUGAUGGUCCCUCUAUACCAAGCAGAGUCCGCACCUAGGUGGAUCAGAGGUUCAAUCAUCGGCUGCUACCAACUCUCCAUCACCAUUGGGUUACUUCUCACCACAAUUAUAUCCAACGCAACGCAUUCUCGCACUGAUAGUGGUGCUUACCGAAUACCAAUAUCAUUGCAAGCCAUUCUCUCUGUCACCCUAGCCGUUGGUAUGCUAUUUCUGCCAGAGUCGCCUCGUUUUCUCGUAAAAAGAGGCCAUCCAGAGGCUGCGACUUUGGCCCUGGCCAAACUUCGAGCUUUGCCACGAGACCACCCAACCUUGCAAGAGGAACUUGAGGAAAUUGAGAUGUUCCACGAGAUUGAAUGUGAUUUGGGAAAGGCGACAUGGAAAGAUUGUUUUAGAGGCAACCUGGGUGCAAGGUUGUGGACUGGUUGUGGGCUCCAAGCGUUGCAGCAAUUGACAGGCAUCAACUUCAUCUUUUAUUACGGUACCACAUAUUUCAAAACUAACGGCGUUUCUCGACCAUUCGUCAUCUCACUCAUCGCUAAUAUUGUUAACGUUGUGGCGACGAUACCUGGUCUUUAUCUCGUUGAAAAAGCUGGAAGGGCACCGCUACUUUUCAUUGGAGCCCUAGGAAUGGGGUUUUGCCAACUUGUAAUUGCCGUUGUUGGUCUGACCACUAGUACCGAUGUAGCCAACAAGGUUCUCAUCGGUCUGACUUGCGUCUACAUCGCCUUCUUCGCUAUGACUUGGGGUCUCGGUGGCUGGAUUGUCACCGGUGAGAUCUUCCCACUUAGGGUCAGGGCAAAGAGUAUGAGUAUGACGGCAGCGACGAAUUGGAUCGUAAAUUGGGCCUUGAGUUACUCGACCCCAUAUCUUGUUGACGAAAGCCCCGAUUCCGCUCGACUUGGCUCUAAGAUCUGUUUUAUCUGGGCCGGGUUCUGCUUCCUGAGCGUGUGGUUUGUUCAAAAGUACAUUCACGAAACAAAAGGUAUCUCCCUCGAACAAGUCGAUGGAGUCUAUCACGGCAGUACUGCCGCCAAAAUCCGCAACCGUCUCUCUAGUGUCACCGGCGCCUCACUCCGAAAAAGGGACACAACGCACGUCAACGAAAUCAUCCCGCUACAUGUCGCCGCAGCAGGCGGCAUGCCAUCGUCCUAUACAAGCCGUGCUCCUCUAUCACCACUAUCUCCAGUUCAUAGCAUCAUACCUUCAAGCAGCCGGGAUAGCAAUGAAGUUAGCCCUGGCAGCCUGGAACGAGGUUCUAGUUUGCCAGAUAAGGAAAAUAGUAUCCAAAGGGUCGAUACCAGUGGCUCAUAA